CCAGCCGCCAGCCAGCCCCACCAGCCCCGCCAGCCCCGCGGCCCCGGCUGGAGGAGACAGGUGAGCGGCCGCACCUGCCGCCCCGCCCCCUCCGCGCGGCCCGGGCCUCGAACCGGCGGUCCGACCGACCCCGCGUCUUCCCCUGCCCCCACCCGGCCGCUGCGCUGCAGCCCGCACCUGCCCUUGCUCGUCCGCAUCUUCGGCCCCGCGGCCGCGGUGUAUGCCUCCUAGCGCACCGGCCCGGGGCCACCCCAGCGCUCACCUCUCGCCCCUGGCGCUAGGUGCGCACCCUCCUCUGCCCAACCCUUUGCUAACUUCUGGGAGUUCAUCGGCUCUGGGCCCACCACCUUGAAAUGCUCCUGGGUCACCGCUCUCUAUCCUUGUCCCCCAACAUCCAUUGCUUGCAGCGCUGCUAGCUGGUGGCCUGACCCUUUGCGGCCACCUUUAGUUCCCGAAGCCCACCUCGUCCCUGGAGAAGACUACGCUCCAGGUGCAGAGCCUCGGAUUUGGAGAAGCCCCCGUCCCACUCCCCGAGACCCAUCUUCCUCAAGUCCCUUGAGCUUAACCCAUUCCUCUCCAAGGUGUGCUGCGAUAGAUGGGCACCCAGAGAGCACACUCCUGCGGAGGGCUUUUCCAGGGGAGACCCUCUAGUCACUCGAUGGGGAGUCACAGAAGACCGCCUGUGUGUGUCAGCUCCCUACCUCUCUGCAGCAAGAGAAGUGAGUGCAGCGCCUUCACAGCCAUGAUGAUGAAACUGGUAUUAACUGAGUGGCCCUUAUGGAUUUUUAACUCUAACUCACAGUGAGCCAGCAAGCCAUAUGUUUACAGUCCGACCAAAAACCCUUCUGUGUUGCUGCACGGCUCGUGUGAGAAGUUGAGACACCUGUUGGUACAGAGUGGAAUACAAGAGUUACUUGCCGAGGAAUACACUUGCAGCAGAACGAGAAGACGUCUUAAUUUAUCAUUGGAGAGAGAUGAUAGUAUUAUUUAUAUAGGUAGAAUAAAUAUAUAUAUAUAUUUUGGUGGUAAUGAAAAUGGCUCCGCAGAAUGCCGACUCGGAAUCUAUGCAAGUACAAGAGCUGCCUGUGCCCCUGCCAGACCCUCAGAAACGCAGAGACCCAGAGGCUGAGACCCAAGAGGAGACCAUCAGUGAGGGGUCCAUAGACAGAAUCCCCACACGCCUAUGGGUCAUGCACGGGGCAGUGAUGUUUGGCAGGGAAUUCUGUUACGCCAUGGAGACAGCACUGGUUACACCCAUUCUGUUACAGAUAGGCCUCCCUGAGCAGUACUACAGCCUCACGUGGUUCCUGAGCCCUGUCCUCGGCCUCAUCUUCACGCCGCUUAUUGGCUCUGCAAGUGACCGCUGUACCUUGAGCUGGGGCCGCCGGCGGCCCUUCAUCCUUGUGCUGUGUGUGGGGGUCCUCAUCGGUGUUGCACUUUUCCUCAACGGCUCUGCCAUCGGUCUGGCGCUCGGCGAUGUUCCCAACCGACAACCCAUUGGCAUUGUCCUCACGGUGCUGGGAGUGGUGGUCCUGGAUUUCAGUGCCGAUGCAACUGAGGGGCCCAUCCGUGCCUACCUGCUGGAUGUGGUAGACAGCGAGGAGCAAGAUAUGGCCCUCAACAUACAUGCCUUCUCUGCUGGCCUUGGUGGGGCCAUCGGCUACGUGCUGGGUGGGCUGGACUGGACACAGACCUUCCUGGGUGACUGGUUCCGGACACAGAACCAGGUGCUGUUCUUCUUCGCUGCCAUCAUCUUCUCGGUGUCAGUGGCCCUGCAUCUCUUCAGCAUCGAGGAGGAACAGUACAGCCCACAGCAGGACCGCAGUACUGAGGAUGCCGCCCUGCCCAGCACCAGUGUCCAGCCUAGUGCUCCAGCCCCCGCUACCCGCCUCAGCUCCCUCGGUGGGGGUGUGCAGGAUGGCAGCCCCCCAUUCCCAGAUGAGGUGCAGUCGGAGCACGAGCUGUCCUUGGACUACCUCAAUGUGGACAUCGUGCGCAGCAAGAGUGACUCGGUGUUGCACAUGCCUGAUGCCACUCUGGACAUGGAGCCUGAACUGCUCUUCCUGCAUGACAUAGAGCCCUCCAUCUUCCAUGAUGCUUCCUAUCCCAGCACCCCCCGGAGUACCAGCCAGGAGCUCCUAAGGGCCAAGCUGCCCCGCCUGUCUACGUUCCUCAGGGAGUCCACCAAGGAGGACGACACCUUGCUUGAUAAUCACUUGAACGAAGCCAAAGUCCCAAACGGGAGAGGGUCCCCCCCAGUGGACUCGCUCAGCCACCGCUCUAAAGUGGACUUGAAGCCCUCAGCCACAUCUGGUUCCAUGAGGCGCCGUAGGCACAUGUUCCACAGGCAGGCUUCUAGCACCUUCUCCUACUAUGGUAAGAUUGGCUCCCACUGCUACCGCUACCGCCGGGCCAACGCAGUGGUCCUGAUCAAGCCAUCUCGAAGCAUGAGUGACCUGUAUGACCUGCAGCAGCGGCAGCGAUCCCGGCACCGCAACCAGAGUGGAGCCACUGCCUCCAGUGGGGACACAGAGAGCGAGGAGGGCGAGGCAGAGACCACGGUGCGCCUGCUAUGGCUGUCCAUGCUGAAGAUGCCCAAGGAACUGAUACGGCUCUGCCUCUGCCACCUGCUCACUUGGUUCUCCGUCAUCGCGGAGGCUGUCUUCUAUACUGACUUCAUGGGCCGAGUUAUCUUCAAAGGGGACCCCCAGGCCCCCUCCAACUCCACUGACUGGCAGGCCUACAACGCCGGUGUGAAGAUGGGCUGCUGGGGCCUGGUCAUCUACGCUGCUACUGGUGCUAUCUGCUCAGCCCUGCUACAGAAGUACCUGGACAACUACGACCUGAGCAUCAGGAUCAUCUAUGUGUUGGGGACGCUGGGCUUCUCCGUGGGCACUGCUGUGAUGGCCAUGUUUCCUAACGUCUAUGUGGCCAUGGUCACCAUCAGCACCAUGGGCAUCGUCUCGAUGAGCAUCUCCUACUGCCCCUAUGCCCUCCUAGGACACUACCAUGACAUCAAGGAGUACGUCCACCACAGUCCAGGGAACUCCAAGCGUGGAUUUGGCAUUGACUGCGCCAUCCUCUCCUGCCAGGUCUACAUCUCCCAGAUCCUGGUUGCAUCUGCCCUUGGGGGCGUGGUCGACGCUGUACAGACGGUCCGUGUCAUCCCUAUGGUGGCUUCCGUGGGCUCUUUCCUGGGCUUUCUGACAGCCACAUUCCUGGUGAUCUACCCCGAGGUGUCAGAGGAGGCCAAGGAGGAGCAGAAAGGCCUGUCCUCAGGGCCCGCUGGUGAAGGCGAGGGUGGAGCAGCCAGUGAGAAGCCCACUGUGCUGAGGCUGUCUCGGAAGGGGGGCCUGCAGGGGCCGGUGGAGACAGAGUCCAUGGUGUGAGCCCCAGCUGGCACAUUCCACACCGAAGGGCAGGGUGGACUGGGGGCUGUGCUUGCCGACACUGUGCGAGCUCGGAGUUCCUUCCCAGGGCGCAGUUCAAGUUCAGUAGGUGUUAGGUGUAGGGUAGGUUUUGAGCUGUUAGGCAAAAAUAUCACACUAAUUACCUUUCCCACAAUUAAAAGAAAACAUCAUUUGAAAUCUUUUUUUAUUGAAAAAAACUUAAUUUCAGCUGUCUUUUAUUCUGCAGGUAUACCAUUCUGCAUGUUUUAAAUUGUGAACCAUUCACAGCAUAGUCAAUAAGCAAUUUAGAAAACGUCAGGGUCUGCAUUUCUGAAACAGUAAUCGAAAGUGCAGAAAGUCUGACUCCCUGGGCAGGUGUCAUCUGAAGGCAGCAGACAGCAGUGCAGUGUCCAGAUUGCCCAGCAGGUGUCCGUGAGGGCUCCUCGGCAUCACGCUGGCUCUGCAGCGCCGCAGAGCAACUUUCUCUGUUUAUUUCAGAAACGGUAUUUUCUUUUUCACAACUGUGGUUUCCUUAGAACAGCAUCUCUAGCAAAUUGGGCCCACAGUUCUGUGCACAGCUGUCAGUGCCUGAGACCACACACCAAAGCUGAGGAAGGGUCCCAGAGCUGUUUGAGCAGACGCAGCCAUUCCCCAGGGCAGCCUCCAGACAUCCUGCCCUGGGACGGCACAGUCAGGAGUGCUGAAUGUGAACUCUUAGCGUGCCUCCUGCGUGCUUGUGUGUGAGUUUGUCUCUGUCCAGUCCCUACCCACAUGGUCCUCCCCAGUGGCCAUAGGGCAGCUGUUGCUCUGUGUGACCUAUCAGUUUCUCUCUACACCUUUGGCUGGGAAUCCAGGCACAGAGCUCCAGGUGAGCACUGGCUCCCGAGUCCUGCUGCAAGGCUACCUCGAGAGUGUGGGGAACAGGGCAUGGGAGGGUGCUGAGGCCUACCUCCGUGCCGCAUUGGUGACAUUGGUCCUCGCUGGAACCUAACUGAAAUCUUGUGACUUCAUCACCUGCUCCUGCUGAUGGUCACUGGAAUGGGGAUGAAGGCAAAGAGAAGCAAGUAUCUGCCUGGGCAGGAGGGCUGGUGACCCAAGAGCCCGGUGCAGUUUCCAAUUUCUGCACAUGAGCAAAACUCGGGCCUCAGGGAAGCAAGCUCCUCAAAUGCUGCAGCUGUGGGAAAAUCCUUUUCAAACCACGGAUCUCUGUUAAAAGCUCCACAGUCCUGCCUCUUGGCUUGUGAAACAGUCAGUCUGCACUCAGGAGAGGGAGGUCCUCCCUGGAUGGUACCCAGAUGAAGUCACCCCCGUGCUCUUGCUGCCUCGGUCUGGUGUUUUUACAUAAAGUACUUUAAAGUGCAUGAGAAUCAUGCUGCAAUAUGAGCAUUCUAAAGCAAAUAUAUAUACAUAUAUAUUUCAAGAUGAAAGUAAGCCGUUUUUAAAUAAAUUACUUGAAUUUUCUGUGUAUUCAAAGGAAUGCUGUGUUUAACAUUCUUGGCAGGCUUCUGUCCUGCCACAUUCCCACUCUGGUGGCCGUUUGUAGUUUGUAGUGUGUUUCCUGUCUGGAGAGCAGAGGUGUGUGCUCAGGGUACCUUCCACCUGCCUGGGUCGUCCCUCAAGCCGAGGCCUGCAGAGGAGUGGCCGCACCUCCCAGUGCUUUCUGUUGAGAACAGGAUUGCACGUCUCCUGCGUGGAUGGGGACAGCUGGACUCCCAAGCGCAGUGCCCACACUGAGCCCUCCAGCCAGCCGAGCCCCAUCAGCUGGGUGCUCGGUCCCUCUGGGCGACUCUCUCCAGUCAGUGUCCUUAGCAGGUCGCUCCUGUGCUCCUGAAUUUCCUUUGAUGGUUUUAAGAGGGUAUCCCUCCCUUCUGAGACUUCCGGUCCUGGAUAAGAACCAUAGCCUCUGUUUUCAUGCACCCGGCCUUUCCACCUUGCCAUAGGAGGACAGAGGGAGGCAGGGGUGCAGAGAACACUGAGUGGGCAAAACCUGGAAUCCUCAUACCCAGUGUGGGUCUUAGGAGGUCGACUGAUGCGCACAGUACCUCACCCACCCAGAGGCUCAGGACGUCAGGAGGUUCAGGGGCUAGCAGAGACCAGACCCACAGGAGGAAGAGGUGCAGAUCACCAUGUGCAGUGUGCCAGCUCUUGAGAUGCUAGCCUCCACUUACCAUGAUCUGAAGUUAACACAAGGACACUUUGUGGUCAUGGCACAGGCCUUGGCAGAGCCAUUGGUAAAGUAGUGACGCCCUGGAAGGACAGUCAGCCAGAGGCAUGGCUGUUGCUGUCAGAUCAGGCUGCAUAUCUGGUCGUUUUAAAGAUCUGAGCCUGUUAAAACGUUUGCAUCAAAAGCAGGCUGGCUGUGGGUCUGGUAAGGGUGAGGGGCCUUGGGCUUCCUUGCAGAUAAAUAAAGUGAGCCAUGGGCCUCAAGGUGAAUGUGUCUCGUCUUAGGUAGACCAGUAGCCAGACCCUUCUGCCCAUCUGAGAUGGCACCAAUGGGCAACUGUCAGGGCUACUGCCUGUGUGUUAAAGAAACCAAGGGAGGAGGGCUGGUGUUAAAGCGGGCGACACGGAAGCCUGUAUUGCCCAGCGCAGCCAUUUCUGUUUUCUGACCUGGGCUGUCAACCUAGCACCCAUGGGUAGUGAGAUGCCUGAGUAGCUCUUCUGCGACAGGAAAGGUGCUUUGGUCACCUGGUAGGGUCAAGCAGAGCCCGCUUGUGAGCGAUGCUGAGGGUGCAACACAGAGUUAGCUUUGUCGCACCUUGGGGCCUGGACUGUGUGCAAACACCAUGUAGGGUAUCCGUGGGAAUUCACUGGUCCAGGGCCACAGAAUGAAUGCAGGUUACUAACAAGAGUGAUGAUGGUCGGAACCCUGCUUUUGUCGCCUGUGAAAGUCAACUGCAACAGUUGUUUGAGAGAUGCCUCUUAAGAUGUGUGGCCCAAGUUUGCCUGUGUAAGAGUCUGAGCUGGUAGGAAGGGGUCCACAGCCUACUUCUGGCUGGGGACAGAAUGGCAUGAUGGCACUCCCUGGUAUCUGGAAGGCUGGCUAUGGGACAUUGUUUGUUCUAAGCCUAAGGUCUUAGUUGGAACAUCCAGUCCCACUGAUAGGUCUACAGCCCUCAGACUCCCACCCUUGAGAUCCUCAGGGCCCUGUGAGGGCUGGUUUGGGAAAAGUUGGGAGGGAGAGGGCAGGACCUGGUUGGUAGCUUCCUGGAGUGGUCAAGAUGUCAAAGAAGGUGCUGUGGCCCCUGCAGCAGCAGCAACAGCAGCAGCAGCCAGGGUACCCAUUGUCUUAUCUCACUGGUGCUGCUGGCUUGUGCAACCCCUGGAAUGGAUGGUUUCCCUUUGUCUGUGGCCAGUGGUCAGUGUGCAGCAGCCAUGGCCACAUUUUCUACAAGUCAGUGUUGUGAAACGCCAUCUCCUGAGACUGGGCACUCUUUAACCUCACAUGCACCAGAUGCCAUGACUCCCCAGCUGCUCUGCUUUUACCUGAGCCUCUGUCUUCAGCCACCAGCCAACACCUGGAGUGUGCAGGUGAAGCCACAGGUGGCCCCUCCAACGGCUAGCACCAGAAAUGGACUCGCUCACCCCUGUGCAUGUGAGCCAGAAGGCAAUGCUUCUGAGAGUGCCUGGGGCCCGCCCAGCAUAGCAGCCAUGCCAUCAGUUUUGGUCCAGAUUGAACUGACUCUUACAUGUGGCAAGCAGGGGAUAUGCACUCAGUAGCUCCUGUCGCCACCUCCUGAAAAGCCAGCAUCACCAUCAUGGCUGAAGCCUGAGAUGGCCCCUUGGAUGGCAACCCUUGGGCCUCCAGGAGAGCUUAGUGGUCGUCCGGGCGCCCCAGCUGUGCGCCCCCCUCCUCCCCAACGCCUGCCAAAGGUCCUGUGCUGGGAUGUGCAACAGGAAGGAACAGGAAGCAGAGUUGUUGGAAAGGCCUGGGCACGGGGCACUCCCCAGGCACCUUGGAACAAAACUAUUUAGUUCCUUUGUGAACUGGAAACAGGACAACUGUUAUCAACUUAUUAAGUUGGAGCACUGUAUAGCUCUUGCUGAUUUUAGCAAUGGUUAAGUGUGUGUUAAACACAUGACGUUCUAUUUUAUGAGGAAACAGAUUAUAAGAGUACUACUAUCACACAUGAUUUUGUUUUUUAUUAGGUGGAUGUUUAUGUCUGCUUCUGUCCAGAGCCCUGGGGCUUUGUCUGUUCUUUGUCACAUGCUGGGCCACUGGUCCCUGUACACAGUUCAGUGUGAAUGGCCUGACUUCUUCCUGCCAGGCUAGUGCUUCCUCUGCCUCUAUUGCUCUGUUGCGCUGUGGUUGACUCAAUAAAUGUUAUCAUUGCA